AUGAUGAAAAAAACAAAAUUUAUAAUUUCACUUGGAUUAAUUCUGAUGACAAUAUUAUUAAAAAGAGUGCAAAGUGAUAAGCUUGUGAUUGACACGGAUGGUGGUGCUGAUGAUGCAAUGGCAAUUUUGCUUACAUUAUCGGUGUUUGCCAAUAACAACACGAAUAUCGAUAUUGUGGCAAUAACUUGUACCUAUGGUAACACCAAUUUAAGCAGCGUCGAAAAAAAUGUGCUCAAGACACUGACAAUCGCAAAUGAAUCAAAAAUUCCAGUUUACUCUGGUGCAUUCAAACCUCUGACCGGGAAUCAUACAUCGGAUAUUUUUUUUGGUAAUGAUGGAUUUGGUGAUUUUAAAUUCAAUCGAGAAAUUAUUGGUAGUAUUGAUCGGUCAAAACAUGCAGCAGUUGCAUUAGUUGGUUUAGCUAAUAAAUAUCCUGGUGAAUUGAGUAUACUUAUACUUGGACCAACAACAAAUGUCGCACUUGCAAUAUCAUUGGAUCCAAAAUUUGUUUACAAAGUCAAGCGAUUUUAUGUCAUUGGUGGUAGUGUGAAUGGUAUUGGGAAUAGAAUUCCAGGUGUUGAAUUUAAUUUUGGAGCUGAUCCAGAGAGUAAUUUUAUACUUUUCAAUUCAACUCGAAGUGAAGUUACUUUAUUACUACCCUGGGAGACAAUUUUAUCAACUAAUAUACCAUCGUCAUGGAGAAAAAAUGUUCUUGGUCGUGUUGAUUCAACAUUCAUAAGGUUUUUGAAUAAAGCAGAAUCAAAAAUAAAAGAAUUACCAAAUUGGGAACCUAGUGACUCUCUAAUUGCAGCCGCAAUGUUGUAUCCGAAACUGAUUAAAAAAUCAGUUGUUGUAAAUCUGACACCAGUUAUAGAUGGUCAAGCACGUGGCGGAACACUAGUUGAUUAUAUACAACAAACUCAUAAACCAAAUAAUGUUGAAAUUAUUCAAGAGCUUGAUGUUAAAGAGUUUCAAAAAUUUCUAUUAACAUAUUUAUAA